UUGUCUCAAAUUUUAGAAUUCUGACAUUGGCAGGCUAGAACAUGUCAAAGAAACCUUAGAAUGAUUAAAUUUUCUAAGAUAUAGAAAAGAAUUAAGAAUAAUAAAUAGAAAUCGAGCUACUAUAUUCCAUAGCAAGAAAUUUAAAACAUUUUCAAAUUAAACGAUAUAUACAGUAUAUAUAUACUUUUCCCUCAACGAAAUUCAAAUGUCGACCUGAAGUUAAAACUAGUUGAAACAAUUGUGCCAAGCUUACUAAUCCUGUUAGUAAGCUUCUAUUUUAAUAUACAAUUCAAACAGAAGUCACUUAAGGAGUUCUGGAUAUGUUUCAUUUCAGCCUGGUUGUGUGAACGUCGUCAGUGUGUGUGUUGUCCUCAUGUAGCUUUUCUGUCGGGUCAUGUAAGGACACGCUGGCAAACGGCCCAGUAUGGAGAUGAAUAUGUUCUUCAUUACUACUUUCACAAACACAAUAUGAUUGAUUUUUAUUAAGAAUAAACGCUAAACUUAUUUUACUCAAUACACGUUAAUACUCUGACAAAUGCAUAUUUUUAAUCCUAAAUUUAUCUAAAAAUUUGGGGGCACCGACAGUCGCCGAGGAAUGACGUCAGGACGUAUUACAGUGAAUGAUGACGCCGUAUGAUCGUAAAGAAAUCCGCCGUUUCAGAAUAUCAGAGAAUUGGGUCAAAGCUAACCAUAACCUAUUGUCACAUUUAGCAAUGGACAUGCUUUCUUCGUUGGAACUCGAACAGAGACGCGUCCUGCCGGCGGUAAAAUAAGCUGCCUGGACUCGCAGACAGAUGUCCGGCGGUUCGGCUGCUACAGACGGGAACUGUAGCCGUUAGACCGGUCCGUCCUCCCACCUCCCUCUCUGUCUCUGCGCCGCGUUUGGGAAAACCCGCAACCCCGUAAAACGUUAGCGCCGGUUUCUGUCUCUUCGUCCCGUUUGUGGCGGCCAGCGGUGGCGCCGAAGCUGAUGGUAAACCCAGGAAAGAAAAAGAAGCAGCAGAGGUGGCACCGAGUCACAGCGGAGCCAGGAAACUGACUGCCCGCCUCGUCUACACCAACACAGCCUGGUAGCAGCAACAAUAUGCACACGUUUGUGUAGUUGAGUAUCAGAGCUUGUUGCUGGCCAGGCAGUAAUAUAAACUCUGUCCUUCUGGAGAUAUCUACCAGUGAAUGCUUUUGGUCAUUGUCUUGAUGGAAGAUAAAACAAUGGAAAAAAAUGUAUGACCUAAGUAAAAUGAACCCACCCAACAACAUGUGAGCAUCAGCAUUUUUGUAGAUCCUACUUACUUUCAACAGAAAAAAAUAGAUUUGUUUUAACAAUGUCAAGCCGUCGGAAAUCGACCACACCUUGCAUGGUGCUACCCUCCAAUGUGGUAGAGCAGGAGGAGCUGGAGGAGAAAACAGACAGGACCAAAAAGGAAGAGGAGGUGGAGAGAGAGGAGGGCAAGAUGAAGAGAGGAGCAGAGGAAGGACCAAGUGCAGAGGAGUUAGAGCAGGCUGUAGUGGUCGUUCCCACACCUCCAGAUACAGAUGAACCCACAGUUUCUACAGCAGAUGACAGUGAAGUACCCGGUCCCUCUGUCAAAGGCAGCUCUUUAAACCUCGCUGAGGAUCCAAACAGCAAUCAGUCAAACCCUGAGCAACAGUCUGAUGUGGUAGAAGAAGGCGUGUCAGUUGCCGCUAUUUCUCUCAGCAAGACACCCAUCAUGAGAAUGAAGACCAAAUCUGAACCCAAGAGGAUUGCUGUAUCCCUGAAAUCCACUGAAGAGGCAGCAGAUAGUUUAGGAGGAGGAGGAGGAAGUAGCGGUGGUGGAGGGGGUGGUGGUGGUGAAGGGGAUGUGGGAGGUGAGCAGGAGCCCAUUGAAGCACCUCUUGGACCUAUGAAUCCUGUGGAGAUGCUGCUGCAUGACUCAAUGAAGCUCGGUGGAGGUGGUUUACAUGUCAGCCCAUCGUCAGAGCAGCAGAGGAAGACAUCCAUUUUAAACCCAACUGUCCUACCUACAAGUCUGGCCCAGGUUCUUUCAGCCUUCCAGGCCCAGCAGACUGCAGCGGCAGCUCAGUCUCAGCUACUGAUUCCUCUCAGCAGCAUUCCAUCCUACAAUGCAGCUAUGGAUUCCAACCCUCUGCUGGGCAGCACCUAUAAAAAGUUUCCUUACCCCUCAUUGGCUGAGAUCAGUAGCUUGGCAACACAGACACAGUUUACAGAGGAGCAGAUUAAGGUGUGGUUCUCAGCUCAGCGGCUGAAGCAUGGCGUCAGCUGGACACCCGAGGAAGUAGAGGAUGCCAGAAGGAAGCAGUUUAAUGGCACAGUGCACACUGUGCCUCAGACCAUCACUGUCAUACCUGCCCACCAGCUCUCAGCUGCUGCCAAUGGCCUGCAGUCCAUUCUUCAGACCUGCCAGAUUGUGGGCCAGUCUGGCCUGGUGUUCACACAGGUUGGACCUGGAGGGAACCUUCCAGUGACCAAUCCAAUCACCCUGACAGUGGCGGGUUUACCCAGCCAGUCUCAGAGCUCCAGCAGAGGGUCCUUCCAGCCCACACCAACAAACAGUGAGCUGAAACGAGCUACCACUGUACAACCCCCAUCUCUUUCUCCACAGGAGAAUUCAGCCCUCAGUGCUGACACAUUCAGUAUGCGACCUAAGAAGUCCAAAGAGCAGCUGGCAGAGCUGAAAGCCAGUUACCUGAAAAAUCACUUUGUCACAGAUGCUGAAAUUGCUCGGUUGAUGAAGGUCACCAACCUGACAAAGGGUGAGAUCAAGAAAUGGUUCAGUGACACCAGGUACAACCAGCGUAACUCCAAGAACAGCCAUGUCAUUGUGUUUCAUGAAGGAGGGGGCCGAGGUGGGGGCAGCUGUAGCAGCAGUGCCAGUGCCACUAUUGUCAUUGAUUCGAGUGACGAUAACCCAACAUCUCCUCAUCCUCCCUGCACACCUCCGGUGAAGGAGAAGGAGACACGACCCAAAACAUGGAAUCCGUUCCCGGACUUCACCCUUCAGAAGUUUAAAGAGAAGACACCAGAGCAGCUGGUGCUGCUGGAGGAGAGCUUCGAGAAGAACAGCAGUCCAUCAGAUGAAGAACUGAGCCGCCUGAGAACAGAAACUAAACUAACAAGGAGGGAAAUAGACGCCUGGUUCACAGAGAGACGGAAAGUGCCCCAUGUCUCUACUUCCUCCCCAGAUUCUUCAGACGGUGGGAAGGUUGAAACUGAUGGGGAAAAAGCAGUGGAUAAAGAAGAAGCAGGGGGAGCAAAUGCAUCUAACAAUCUCGCCUCUUCAUCUUGUAAAGGUAAUCAAACUCCGCCUGGAGGUCGCAGCAAGCAGCACCCAAGUACCAGCAGCAAGAAAGACUUUAAAGAUAAGAGCAAAAAGACUCCAGAGCAGCUCCACAUUCUGAAAAGUGCCUUUGUGCGGACCCAGUGGCCCACCCCAGAGGAGUAUGACCAGCUGUCAGGAGAAAGCGGCCUCCCUCGAUCUUACAUUGUUAGCUGGUUUGGAGACUCUCGCUACUCAUGGAAGAAUGGAAACCUGAAAUGGUUCUUUCAGUACCAAAGUGGAAACAUUGAGGGAGCCAACACUGGAGGAGGUACUAAGAUGGGAAGUGGCGGUGGCCGAAAGAGACGUGGCCGAAACCGUGGCUGGGGUCGCUCCCGAACCAGGAAGCAGCCAAGGCGGUCUGUUUCCGGUGCAGAUGCUGACAGAGCACCUCCUGCCAAGAAAUUCAAGACAGGGAGGGAGAUACUGAAGGAGUAUUACCUGAGGUACAGCUUUCUCAAUGAGCAAGAUCUGGAUGAGCUUGUCACCAAGACCAACAUGAGCUACGAACAGGUGAGAGAGUGGUUUUCUGAAGUUCAGCGUCGAUUGGACAUGGGGUUAGAUCCCUUCCAAGAGCCGUCUGCAGGGUGUUCGAACAGCGGUGAGAAAGGGGACAGGGAAGAAGAAAAUGGAGGAGAGUCGCGGGGAGGAGGUUCAAGAGCCACGGAGGACCAAGCCGUAGCUGACAUGGGAGAUGAGGACGGUGAGGAUGAUGAAGAUGAUGAGGACGAUGCAGACGAUACAGACGACAGCGAGGUUUGGGAACCCUCACGUAGUGUCAAGAAAUCCCUGUCUGUUUCUGAAGACUAAUGAUUGGUGAAAAGACAACAUGUUAAAGAAAUUGAUGCUGGAGGAUGGUGAGCUGAUCCAAGUCCUUUUGAGUACAUUUUUAAAAUAUUAAUUGUUUUUUCACAAUUUCUUACACAUGCCUACAUAAAACUAACAAAUAGACUCCUAACCUUAGUUCAAUUUCUCAUUAUGAUUCCUAUUAAAAGUGGGUGAUGUGGUAGCCUAAAUAGACAAUGAUUGUGGCAAACGAGUUUUAAACAUUUGACUUUGAUGAAAAAAAAAGUUUUAUAUAGUUUGGGAAAAAGUUACAUAUUACAAAUACUGUACCAUGAAGUGCAAUCUUCAACCUGAACAUAAACUGGAAAUGGAUUUAUGCCCCAAAAAUGAUUAAUCAAGGCACAUCCAAACGCUUUUCUUCAAAAAACAAAACAUAACCAUGGAUUUUAUGAAUUCAUGAUUUUUAAGCAGGUAAUGUUGAGCCUGUCCAGCACCUUUAAAAAAUUGCACUCUAUCAUUGCUAAAAUUAAGCCAGCAUGGGAGACUACUAUACACGUUGUUGUUGUAAGCACAGACCCAGAUAAUCCCCCGAAUGAAUAGGAAAUUAGGAAAUCGGACAUUUAUGGAUGUCAGUGCUUAGCUAGGCUGUCAUUUUUAACUGCAUUGAUGAUAUUUUUAGCAUAAACGUUUUACAAGAAAUAACUUUGACAAUUUAUGCCUUGUUCACAUUUGGGCAUUUUUUAACUUUUACUGCAGUUUUGCUGUCCCAAAGACAACAGGCAUUUUUCUAAAGAGCUGUUAUUUGUCCUGUCCUGUUUAUAAAGGAAAACAACAAUAUUUUAGGUUUGUGACAGUCUUAUUUGGGUCACUUCAGUUUUGAAUAUUACCAUUCUACUGUAAAAGAAAACUUAUAAGAUAAGUGAAUAGGUUAUCUUUAUGCUACCUACCUUACAUAAAAAAGCAGCACACUAAUAUCAUUCAGACUGUAAACCUGCACAGAAUCACAUGUGAGCAAAAAAUCAACCCUUUUACUCUUUCACUGAUUAUGCCUGUUUUAAAUCAGGGUGGACAAGGCAUUAAACCCCCUGAUCUCAUUAUCUGUAAUAUUAUAUUAUGUAUUAUAUAUUAUAUAAGUCAGCAGUACUCAAUUUUUUCCUGCAGUGCCCCCUUUUGUAGAAUAUGCAAAAAGCAAAACAAUAUAAUCCCCACAAAAUUUAAACAUUCUCUUUAAGCAAUACAAUUAAACUACAAAUAACUGCAAUUUCCCCGCUGUGACACAAUUAGGAAUCUGAAACAUGACAUGAAUUUCCCACAGAAUUUCCACAAAAGUCUCACGCUGUAUUUUGUUUGAGCAAAAUAUUUUAAACGGUUAAAUAAGACUAAGACUAUUUUAACUUGAUUUAGGGAAAAGUGACAGCCCCACUGCUAAGCCUGUUUAAGCCCCUCUACAUGGAUGCAAUUUGUGUUUGAUUUUAAAGCUGACAGUAUACAGCAGUUUGUCUGAACUUCAUAAUUGGAUUGAAAAUUAAGAUCUUCCUGAGUGACUGGCUAAAAUGGCAAAGUGUGGAAGUACCUUAAAGCUGAAUGAUUGCCAUUGCCUUGAUUUUUAACACAGGAUGCCUGUUCAAGUCUUCCUUUUUAGCCAUUGUUUGUUUAAUAAUAAGAUUCCCGAUUGAUAUUAACAGUAAGUUAUGCACUGCUGUUAAUCUUUUCUACACAACUUUUUCAUCUUUUGAUAGAAGUCAUUCUGUGCUUUUAAAAGACUGUUGUUUUUUCUAAAAAAAAACCUUAAAAAAAACUAAUUUGGACUCAGAUAGUGUGAGGCUUUUGUGCCAAGUUUAGUAUUGUAGCUGUGAGCUUUGAAUUACAUCAGUGAACUAAACCCUGGCCACUGUUAGUAAGGAGUCCAGUAAAAAAAAGGUAUUUCACUGCAGCACUGGAAAGGACUGAAUAAAUGGACUGAAUUUAUAUGAUGUGGAUUAAGGAGCAGGCAGUGCCAAUUUUAUACUUUAUCUCAUCCCCCCUUAAAAAGACUGCUUUUACCACCAAAUCACAGAUACUUUUGCCUUUAGAUUUGGGUUCGUGCUGAAAGCAUGGCCUGUGAAUCACUUUUUUAAAAAGCACUAUUUAACAGUAUUUUAAGUAAUAAUUUGACUCCAUUCUGCACUGAAGUGUAAAUCGUGAAGCACCUAAUUAAAAAAAAUGCACUUUGUCCACUUGUAUUCAUGGUGGACUAUUCCUGAUUAGGCACCUUAAUCUCAUAUACACAUGACAUGAAAUGGCUGUCAAAGACCAAAUCUGUUUUUGUACGACUAAGAACUGAACCAGUAUUUUGCCUUUUUAUCCUUUGUAUAUUUUAAUCUGAGGAGUAUCAUCAAAUAUCCACUUUUUAUUAAUGUGUUAUUUUAUAUUUGGAUGUUUACUUGGCUCAAAAACUAGUGCAAACAACAUUUCCAGACAAGUUGGUUCACUUCCUGAGAAUGUAGUCAAAACCAAAAUGUAAAAGUUUGGUAAUUUGAUUGAACCUUUUUACAAGAAAGAGGGGGGUCCACAAAAUCUUAACUAUUCUAAUCUAAUUUAUAAGGGUUGGCCAACUAUUAAAAAAACAAUAAUCUUUUUAGUCACAUGGUAGAUAAAUCAUUAUUAAUGUGUUUUGCUAAUAUCAAUAUGUGUUUCCGUUUUUUAGUCUGUGACUAAUGACAGAAUUAUUAAUAUGGAAAGAUGUCAAGAAAAAUCUACAAAAGUACUUUAGUGAAGCUAUUGCCUUCAUUAAUAUUAAUCAAUUAAUAUUCCAUUUGAGAAUUACAUAGGUGACAAUUUGCAAUUGGCCCCAAAUUGUUGCAGGGUCUUAACUGGGUAAAUGAUACUACAUUUGCUUGACAAAUUCAAUAGAUUAGUUUAGUAGGAAAAUAACUUGUUUUUGUCUCUUUGAGAGACUUACAAAGGUUAAAGUGCAUUACCAAAUUAAAAACAUACAUAUUUGAAAUGCAAUUUUAUUGUUGGAAAUGUACUAACUCUUUUGGGAAUUUGGUUUGUAGAACAAUCAGUUACCACUUUUGCUAAAUUGCACAAUUUGAGCCAUGGGAGUUUCAGUUUUUAAAUCAUCUCUCCUUUUGAAAAUGCACACGUGUUAUACUUGUUGAAAUGUUUCUAAUGUUGCUUUAAAUAACAGACACCGUUCCCCCUGUUUUCCUCCACUGCUUUUAUUACGGUCACUGUUGUAAAAUAUAUCAUACGAUUUUCUGUGUGCACUUCCCAAAACAUGUUUGUGUAAAUGUUUGUUUGAAAAAGACAAAAAAGCAUUUAGAAAACACACAAGACAUUCUUGGAAACCAUCUCUUGUGGGGGGACUUGUGAUGCAUGAACAGCAGAGUGUUUCCUCUAUGGUGGGAAGUCAACCAAAUACUGCUCCUCUUUUCCCAGACAGUACAACAGACUGAAAAGUGUCUGGACUACAGAUCAUCUCUCACAGGGGGAGAGAGAGUCUUUUGUGAAGCUUUGCAGAUAAACCUACGUGCCUGUGUGGCUCUUACCCCUGUUUGAACAGAGUUCCACCAACUCGCAACAAAAGGUGACAGAAUCAUUAGCGAAUGCCUUGGAAAUCAGAAACUACCACGUUCAAUCUAAAGUGUGAUGCAUGACCAAACUCUGCUUUCUGCUGAUGCUAUAAAGAUGCCUACUUUUUCUGAAGUUGACAGUAAAAAAAAACUUCUGUCGUUCAAUGAAAAGCUUUUAUGAAUUUGGUUGUUCUUACCAUUCACAUGAUUAAAGUCAGCACCUAGUGCUGCACAAAAUGCAUUUACAAGGAUUAAGAACCAAUAGAUCUUAGCUCAUUUGUAGCAACUGAGGGACGGUGGACAUGAGCUGUGACGUAACAAAUGCCUGGCCAUUAAAAGUAAUAACAAUAAAUGUUGAGGUGUAUACUUCUGCAUGCAAUAACCAAGAGGAACAACUGCUCAUUUUGUACAUACAGUAUUUGGGGUCAGUAUGCUUGGCACAGUAAACGCUUAAUCUGGAAAAACAGAUUUUUUUUUUUUUCAUUAUUUUAUUUUAUUUUUUAGCCACAAGUCUGUGCAUUUUAUUUUCCAAAUUUUUUUCAACACUUAAUUUCCCAGAUUAGGCCUAGUUCUGUGUCCAGGUAUACAACCCACAUUCUUUUACAUCGUGCUCUUUCGAUACUAUAGUCUGUCUGUUUUUGAAUGAUUUCAUAUGUUUCUAUCUAAAACAGAUGUCAGCAACUGUUGCAACUAUUGCAACUGUCAGACACCGGUGGAUUGAUUGUUUGUUGUUAAGAGUAGUGUUUUUAAAAUAAGAAUUCAGUUAGUGUUGCCUGAGUGGCUUUUUGGUACUUUGAAUGAAUUAUAGAAUCACAACUCAGAACAAACAAAAUAUUUUAUGUGAAGGUUAUCUGUUAGGCAGUUACAGUUUCUAUUACUACCAGAUAUAAUCUUUAUUGUUUUACAAAAUAAUUCACUUGAUUUCCCAUAAAAAAAUUUAAAAAAGAAUCAAGCUGUACUUGUGUUGCUGCACACUGACAGUUGUACCUAUUUUGAUUAUAUACAAAUAGGAGAGAGUGUACUUUCUCACCCUCAUAUACUGGAUGGCGAUUUUGGUCCAAUCUUGAUCCUUCACUCUUCUUUUUUGGGUUAAGACAGCUUACAUCCUUUCAGUUGUCUUAUGAUUUUAGAGGAUGUAUCAGAAUGUAGCCAUCCUUAUUCUUAAUGUGAUAAAACCAUGAUAAUAACUAUCAUUUAAUCUUGACAGUUGAUAUUCUCUUGAAGAUAUUUUUUUCAGAAAUAUUCUGAGUGGUGUCUUCUGAGUUGUGAUUUUACUAAUUUCACUCAUCAUGUGUCCUAGUUAACCUCGUGCAGUAGAGCUCAGAGCUAAUAAUGUGAUCAGAGUAGUUAUCUGCUGUCCGAUGAUACUCGCGUGUCCUAUCUGUGAUUUUCUCUAUACUCCUGCUUUGCCUUCACUUGUUUCCUGUAUUUUGAGAAAGUAGUUGUUUGAACGUCCCUUAUGCAAUCUGAGGUUGAAAUGUUUUCACUAUAUAGCAGCUAGUUUUUUGUCUGAGAAAGAUAUUGUCAGAAUUGUAAUACACUGUAAGUGUAAAUCUUUUUUAUUUGGUUGAUAGUGGAGUUUGCACCUUUUUGCCUUUCCUGCCUUUUCUAAUUUUUAUCUGCUGACAGGUUUUUACCCCAUGUUUUUGCUUUUAACAGACACCCUGGUUUUUCACCUGUGUUUUUUCUUCAGUGCAGUUUACAUUUUUACACCUUUUUAGUGAGUAAUGCCAGUGAUCUCUUAGCUCCUGUAAUGGAUUUUAUUUGGUUCCUGAGACAGAUAACAUGUUGGGGAAAAUGACAGUUUUAUAAGUGUUUAUCAAAAGGUUCAAUCUUAAGAUCCACAAUUUAUCUGAAUCCAUGGUCGAACUCAACUUUUUUUUUCUCUUACUGUCCUACACCCAAAGACUGGGCAGUAUGACCCAAAGAAUAACUAUUUAUGUUCCAAGGCCCAUAAGUGGAAAAUAGUACAUUAAAAUGGUGUGUUUUAAUAAGCAAGUUGCUGUACAGUCAUAAUGCAGAGUCAGAACUAGUAUUAAUUGCAUUAGUCCUGCUUGAGACCGAUAAAUUGUAUCUCUGCAAACAAAUGUUAGGACAUGACCCAACACAUUGGUGUAAAGCGUAAUCAAGGAUUAAUGUUAACAGCUUUAUUUUAUUUUAUAGUCAAAUCAUUUAAAUCUUUAUUUUUGCCUAUUAUUUGCAUUAGAAAAUAUGCUGUGAUUUCAACUCUCCAGAAAGUCCACCAUGAAUUAGUGCACCUUAUCCAACUCUCAUGGUUUAUAAAGGAGACACCUGGGAAAGAAUCUGAUGUUGUUGUGGUUGGACUUUCUGCUGGCAAUGAAGCAAAAACAAUUUUUGGUUUAAACAUUCAAUCUUGUCAUCAGAGCAGUACAACUAAGUGUUUCCCUGCCUCCAUGGAACUGACAUUUCCUUCUAUGUAUUUAUAAACUCCCUAUCCUGUGCUUUAUUUCAAGCAACAGUAGUUAUAUUUGUGUGACUCUAAAGAGCUAAGAUAUGUAUUUGUUUCCCUGCAGUUAUCGUCCUGAAGUGACCAGCUGUAGAACAAAAAACCUGUGCAAUUUUAAUUUAAUAUCCUGGCUGUUUUGGGGAUGCUGGCUUUAUUUUUAGCUUGAUUUGAAAAAGGUUUAUAUUUUAUACUUGUUUGAGGAAUAAACCACAAUAAAUUUUGAUCAAAAUUACAUGUAA